UGAUAAUAUACUACUAGAAAAAUUGGAAUCCAACCCCAAAUCAAGUGCUUUAACACUUUUGUAAGAAAUCUUCUUGCAUACAAAGUUUUUCAAAAUAUACCUAUCUUCUAAAAUGGCCUCUAGGUACGAAGUUGAGCUAACAUUGUCAUCCGCCAAGGAUCUUAAAAAUAUUAAUUGGCGUUACGGCCCUCUUAGACCAUAUGCUGUUACAUGGGUUGAUUCGGAUCGUAAAAUUACUAGUCGGACUGAUGAUGAGGGGGACACAUGUCCGAAAUGGAAUCAGACAUUGAUUGUCCCCCUCAAUUGUUCUAUUAAGGAUGCUAUUUUAUGUAUUGACAUCGUUCAUCAUGCUUCUGUCGAUAAGGAUAUUAAACCCCUUAUCGGCUCAACUAAACUUGAGUUGCGUGAUGUGGUGGAUGAUGUUGGUAUUGGGUCUCGUGUUACUAGGACUCUUAAGCUAAAGCGUCCCUCUGGUAGACUCCAUGGAAAGCUAGAGCUUGAGAUCUGCGUACGCGAGCCCCAAUACCAUACCUCAAAUCCAUACCCACCACCUCACCACGUGGAAUAUGCACCUCCAAGUGGAUAUCCAAACGGACAAGGACUGUAUGGAUAUCAAACACUUGUCUUCCCUCUCGACGGUCCGAUCGAAGAGGCAAACCUUCGCAUCGACAUCAAACACGCGGAAAAAAUCUGCAAGCCGUUGAUCGGCUCAGUUGAAAUUCCAUUACGGAAGGUUGUGGAUAUAGGAAAUGGAAGCCGUGCAAGCCAUGAGCUCGAGCUGAAGCGUCCUUCGGGAAGACUCCAAGGAAAGCUUGAAAUUGAUGUAGCCGUGAGACAGCUACGGCUCCAUGCUACUGCGCCACAGCAGAUCGAUAAUCAGACUAUUUCAGCCCCAUCGCUUGGAGGUUUCCCACACGUCCAGCUCACUUACACGCAACCUAUUAAUGUUCAUUACUACAUGAAUUACAUGCAGAACAUAUGUGUUUUACAACCCCAGCCCAGUAACGCGCCACCAGGCUACGCAGGGCAACAAUAUUUAUACGGACAGUACCCGCAGUUUGGAUAUGAACAACAGGUUUCAUGGGCUGAAAGGCAAAUGAUGAUAGGUAGGACCAGAACAAGGAAAUAUUGAAACAAUUAAGCAAUUUUAACAAAAAAAAAUAAAAAAAUGAAUUUCGGCUAAACUUAAUUUUAAAAGUAAGCGAUUUUAUGUGUGAGCUUAAGAUUAGGUAUGUUCGCAGUUAUUAACUGCGAAUAAAGAAAUUGGUCAAAAAAGUCAAAAUUUUUUGUUCGUAAUUAGUAACUGUGAAGAAAAGGGAGACAAUGUCAUAACGUCAGAAGGGACGGAAAAAGUGGAUGUCAUGUUUGUUCUCAGUUAGUAACCGUGAACAACAAUGUUUUUGUUUUUUCCGUCCUUUCUAACGUUAUGACACUGUCUCACUUUUGUUCGCAAAAAUUAAAUGCGAUUAAACAAUUUUGACUUUUUUGGCCAAUAUUUUUUGUUCGCACUAAUUAACUGCAAACAUACCUAACCUUAAGCUCGGGCAUAAAAACUUUUAUUUUUGAAAUUAAGUUAACUCGAAGCUCAAUUUUUUAUUUCUUUUGUUAAAAUUACUUAAUUGUUUCUGGAAUAACAAGCAUAUAAUAUCAAGAUACAAAUAUUUACCAUACGUUUUUCGUUAAUAAUGUUAAAUAUACGUAAGAGUACUAGACUUUGAUUAUAGAGUUUAAUAAUUAUUUAUGGUAAAUAGUCUAAAUACAUGCAUGUAGCUGUAGAGACGGUUGAUGAUGAUCUUUAUGAUGUAGGCUAUGAUGUAUUGGUGUAUAUUAUGAAUAAUGUAAAUAAUCGUGUGAGUUCCAUUGGCUGGCUUGGGUUAGCUUCUUAUGGAUAAAUAUAAUAGUCUUAUAUGUGUAUUUUAGUAUGCAA